AUGUUCUCGUUGUCCAAUUUGUGCAAAGCCUUUUCAAGCACAAGUUUGUUAAGUAGUUUCUCAAAAAACACUGUAAGCCAUGCCAUCCAAAAAAAUGUUGCACCAAAGUCACUUGUACGCAGAUAUUGUACCUUCCUGAAUCGAACUAUUCCAUCUAAAACUAUCAACUCCAAUACUGCAUUGUUUAAUAAAGCUAAUGAAGUUUACAUACCACAAAGAACUUAUGAAAGUUAUUCAUUUGUUUCUGAACUGAGUCACUUUUUAAAAAGAAGAAUUAAAUAUGGUCUUCCGGAAUUUCGUAGAAAGAGGAUUGGAGCAACUGAGGGGAAACCAUUCAUUAAAGGUGUUGUCUUAAAAACUCUCAUCAAAAAGCCUAAGAAACCAAAUUCAGCCAAUCGAAAAUGUGUGCGAGUGAGGUUGAGCACAGGCAAGGAAGCCACUGCCUAUGUUCCUGGAAUUGGACACAACCUACAGGAGCAUCACAUCGUUCUUGUGAAAGGAGGCAAGACACAGGACUUGCCUGGUGUGAAGUUGACGUGUGUUAGGGGUGCUUAUGAUUUGGGUCAUGUUAAAAAACCUAAGUAA